UUCAGCAAUGCCAGAAGAGAGAGAUCUCAUAUCUGUGAACUAUGUCAGUCCGCUGGUGUUGAGGAAGGAGUUGGAGAAUCUAAUGGAUAAUGAAGGCGUAGGGGUCCUGGAAUCACCUGAUAUCAUCAAAGAAAAACAAGUGAUUUUCUGGAAUAUGGUUAGUGUGGAGCAUGUAUCUUUCAUCCCUGCGAUGAGGCAGUUUAAAUAAAGUUAGUUCAGUUUAGGUUUCCUCUUGCAGUAACACAGCGUCAAUAAGGGAUUGAUUUUACUUGACCUCUAGGAGAAGAGUUUAGUACUGAAAGAGCUAUCCAGUAUAAUAUUUAUAAUUGAAGUUAAUUUAGCUCAGGUUUCCUCCUGUAGUAAUACUGGAUUAAUAAGAGAUGAUCCUUACUGGACCACUAGGAAGAACAGUUUCCUAAUGAAAGAGCUAUCCAGUAUCAAUAAAGUUAGUUUAGUUAGCGUUUCCUCCUGUAGUAACCCCAGGCUUCUAUAUAGGAAGAACAGUUUAGAACGGAUAGAGUAAUCCAGUAUAAAUAAAGUUAGUUCAGGUGUAUGAACCUUACAGAACAGUUUAGAACUGAUAAAGCUAUUGAGUAUAAACUACCUUAUGUUGCUUUAAAAAUUUUUACUUAUUUUUUUAAUUUAGGCUUGGUAUUUCCAGCGUCUUAAUUUACCGACACAUUUAACGGACCAUAUUUACGGCAAUUACGCGGAUGAAGAACGCUCUAAGGUAUGGUAAAGUUAGCUUCUUUUCCUCGCUAAAGUCUGAUAGUCUGUCAUACACGUAAAAAUCUCACAACUUGUCAACAAGAUGUGUUCGCAACAGACUUGUAGCAAGUUUGUCAACAACUUUUAACAAUGCUCUUAUUUCAUCAAGUUGCUACAAGGUUGUCACUCCCAACUUGUUGACAAAUUGUUAAAUUGCAAGACGAUGUCACAAGUUGUUAGAACAACUUGUAACAAGUCUGUUGACCCGCGCGAUCUUCCCUUUCCUGUGUCCCUGCUUUUGGCCAUUGCCAGGCCCGUAUUUCGGUCCCUGUAUAUGCAUGGACAGUCGCCCGAAGAUUGGCUUACAAAAAAUAUUUUUGAGGGAUGAUUAUUAUUGAUUAGGCCGAGGAAAAAAGUGUAUUCUGUUUCUGGUCAGCUUGCAGGUCGUCUUUGACUAUGCGCGUCAACGGGAUUUUUUUUUGAAAGUCGCUGAUCAUCUCAAGGACAUUUUCUUCGCUGGUUAAGGAAAUCUACUGAAAUUUUGACACGAAUAUUACAUGUUCAUGAAUAAGUGUUAGUAGUCAAACGUACUGUAUGUUUUGGCGUGAUUUUCGUGAGAGAAUAAGUUCUUGUGAUAUUAUUGGGGCUCCAAGGAUAAAACACACAUAUUUCGCUUGAAAAUCACGUUUGUUGAUGUACAUUUCACACAAAUUGCCGAAUAUCAAAAAUUGCUUUGCUCGCACAUUUCUGGUGGCGUAAUUUGUUACGUCACCUAUUGGCAAUAAAGUCUACCGGGCAUAUGAGCCCCAAUACCGGAGAAUAUUUCAUUUUGAUAUAUUUGUAUUAUUCUAUAGUAGUUCUCAUUUUAUUUUAUGCAAGCUUGGUGACAGUUUAACAUUAAGCAGAAAUGUACUCGCCGCCAGAAGUGACCCCCACCCCCCAGUGAAGGUUCCUUCUGUCUAAAAUAUAAGCAAGGGAAGAAUAACUUAGUUAAGAAGAGUAUUUUAGUAAUCCCAUGACCAAAUCUUUGUCUAGUGGAUGAAAUAUAUAAAAAAAUGCCGAAAAUCAAGCUCCAGACACUUAAAAAUACAAACUUUUUCUGUGCCAGACAUGUUCCCACUUUUCCCGUUUACCACCACCUAGUUGGGUCCCUUCCUCUUGAUGGCCCCUCUACUGACAAAUUCUUAAAAGAGCUCCUGGCAAAAAGCGUUCCAUUGAAAAAGAAAUGGAAAAAGCCGCGCGUCAAUUUUGGACAGACAAACUGACAAGAAACAGAAUACCUUAUUUUGGCGAUGCAACCUAGGAUGAGGUGCGCUCCGAAAAAGAAAAGAUAGCCAGCUAUUAAACUUAGUUAAAAUAUGUGUUGUUCAAGAAACUCGACUUUCAGUACAAUCUUUUUGAAGGAUUUUGAUGGCCAGGUUCACGUAUCGACAUCGUGGGACUUGGAUCGACCUAUUGACGACGACCACAUUCCGUUGUAUGUUUUAUGGAAUGUACCAGGUAAGUUAUAGCUUAAAGCCAGUUUUCCACUUGCAAUUGUUACUGCGAGUUCUAGUGGGAUUUUCUUCUUAGAUAGAUAGAUUAUGCACGCUGAUCCUAUCAACCGAAGCUGAUUUCCACGAGGGGCGUGUGCCAAAGUUUUAAAAAGAUAUAGAGUAUUAAAAUAGUAACAUAUUAAUGUCUAAUGAGAAAGUUGGUAGACUAUUUACAGGUAUACAUUAUUUACAAUGCUUAUAUCACAUACUCGACCGACCUGACCGCGUAGCUCAUGCAGUUGGCAGAGGCAUUGGGCUAGUAUUCCAAAGGUCGUAGGUUCGAUUCCCACCGUGACCAGGCAUAUUUUUCAAGCUUUACCGGUGUGGAUAUACACUCAGAGUAACCAGAUUGCAUAACUAGAAGUCUGCUGUUGAAUGACUUAGUUUAGUCAUGGUCGAUAAUUUGCUUUUCAGCUCAUGAACACCAAGACGCAACUAUAGAUGAAAAAUCCUGGACUCCAAGAAGGUAAAUCAUUACGAAGUGGAAAUAUUAAAAAAUCCAAUGCUUUUAUAUUUCAAAAACGCGAGCUUAAAAUCUUCUAUAUUUGAGGGUUGAUGUGAAUAUGUUUUCUAUAGUGUCGUCCAGUCUGUCGUCGCUAAUAUAAAGGUCAAUGACAUUGCCGAUCCAUUUGGAUGUCUUUUUGAAGAACGGAACAGACAGAAGCUUAUUAAUCCUAACAUUCAAUGGUAAGUUGUCGAGUUACCCAGUAUAUUAGAGUUCCAGAAUUAGCGCUAGACAAGGACAGUGGCCUAUUUUGCUCAGGACAGUGCAAGGAUACUCAACGAAACGCGAAGCGUUGGCCGUUGAGGUCAUAGAUAUCUUAUAUACACUAGAUAGCGCAUCUCUUUUAGUAAAAUUGAAGCCAAGAAUAUUCCAGCGGUUACCCCCAUUUGAAUAGAUGGCGGCCAUGUUUGGUGUUUCCCACUCGCUAAUAAACGCUUAAAAAACAACAAUAACUUUCAUCAUUUGAAUAGUUUAAAAAUGUAUUUGGAAUAGGUUUACCUAUUAAGUUUCGUGUUUAAGAAAUAGAAAACAUACGAAUCUUCUCAUUUCAUGGGAAUAUCCUGAGUCUGCAAUCACGGCUUCAAUUUUUGAAUUGUAGAAUAAUUAGAUGCACUAUCUAGUGUAUAUAAGAUAUCUAUGGUUGAGGUCAUACAGGGUGUCCCAAAAACCCAAAACUAUAUGUCUUAAUAAGGACUGGGUACUUGGGUCAAAAACGUUUUUGACAGCGUAUAACUCGAAAACAAUUUUAGAUAUAAAGAAAACUGUUUAAAUGUGUCUUAUAUGUAGGUUUGUAAGCAUUCACAAGAAAGUACAAGUCAUUUUGUUGUAAUUGAAUACAAAAGAAUUUACAUUUUCUUGCUGUAAUACAAUUUAAUAGGGAUAUGCGAUGCUUGUUUUCUCGGUGUUGGGCACGUUUUUUUCGGCAAGGAACUUUUGUGGUAAUUGAGCAUCUAUGGUUCUAUAUAUGAAUUGAACGACAGAAAAUCUAUUUCCCAGGAGGGUGCCACGAAAUUGCUUUCUAGACACUUUUCGCACAACAGCCCGGCCUAGUUUUGGAGUUUUUUGGGACACGGGUACUGAGGUUAUUAUUUGUUUCAGCAUGCAUAUACCACAAUGGAACAAGAAUGACCAAAAACAACGAAAUUUGUUUUUUUGUAUAUCAGAUAAAGAUCGGCUGCAUGCUCAUGUUUUAACUAGUUCUUAUUUCUACGUUUUAGGAGUAUUUAUAGAGAGAUGCUGUUCCUAUCAUUGAUGGCUUGUGGCUCUGACAAUAUUAACAUAGGUAAUUGUGGUACGUACUGUACAUGGCGCCCGAAAGAAAAUCAACACCAUUAUAAGCUCACUAAAAGUUGACACCGAACUGUUGCGCAUCACGUAGGGCUAGCUGAGAUGAAACGUGCAUCCACGAUGAUUAAUAUUUAUUAGGCACAGUUCAGCUUUUUGAUUGAUGGUUUUUAAGGCGCGUUUCAGCCCUUUUAAUUGAAAAAAACUAACCAGGAAAAUCAAUUAAGCAUAAUUCAAGAUCAGUAAACUCAAUGUUUUUAAUAAAUAAAAGUGUUUUAAAAUGUUAAAAACAUUGAGUUUGCUGAUAUUGAAUUACGCUAAUUGAUUUUCCUAGUUAGUUUUUUCAAUUAAAGGCCUGAAAUGCGCCUUAAAAACCAUCAUUCAAAAGGCUGAACUGUGCCUUUAAUGAAAUUGAGACAAAGGAUUGAGACAAAGGAUUUGUGCACGGUGAAGUACAGUUCAACAUCAAACAAAGGUCUUCUAUUUUGUAGCUUUGAAGUCUGCCGGAUUUUCCAGACCAUCAUGUCUUAACAGACCAUGGUUGUCCACAGCUAGUAGCUGAAGCCCCGUUUACACUACGCUCAAUUUUUGGUACGGCACGGAUAAAAUUGGUACCCGUACCACUUUUUCGGUUCUUGGACUACCUAUUUAGCUAAGCCCCGUUUACACUACGCUCAAUUUUGGGUACCGUACCACUUUUUGGUUCUUGGACUACCUAAAUAGGUAGUCCAAGAACCAAAAAAGUGGUUGCCGUACGAAAAAUUGAGCGUAGUGUAAACGGGGCUUAAAUAAUGUUUCAACUUUUAAUGCACACAUUGUCUUAACAUCCAACAGUCGACCUCCAAAUCAUCACAGGCAAUAUUUCAAAAUUCUCAAAUUUUCGGCUAUAAAGAGAGUUGCCAACAUACUGUAUAUGGUCUUCAUAAAUGUCAUACCCUAAGGAAAUGUCAGUGCCAAGCAUGCCAUCGAAGAAAUUUUGGUGUACAUUUUCAGAUUUGUACGAGAUUGCCUCUUCUAUAGAGGUAUACGGAUGGGGGGGGGGCAAAAACAACAGUACCACCCCACAAACUACACAUCCCAUUUCUAAUUACAGAUUCGUUUGAUCGAGAGUACAAACGGACAUACCGCUAUCUACAUCGUGAUGGUAACAGCGGUACCUACCCUUUGACAAAUGAAGAUCAUCCGCUGCCCACACGCGCUAUGUGGUGUCGGCGCGCCUUUAAACCUCCGACCCUUCAGCCCAGAUUGCCGCCAAGUCGAUAUUUCCUCAGUCAAGGUCUUAUUAGCGAAGAUUAAAAAAAUCCUGUUGAAAAGUUAACUAAACAUAAUAAUAGGUUAAUUAAGGAUCAUUGAACUAUUUAUGAUCAAAAUAAGUUUAUUCUACAACUUCAGCCGGUUUAAAGAGGAGCAGGUUUUCUAUGAACGGUUUUCAUAUGGCAAGUUUUCUUUGUACAGUACAACAAAGUUUCUAUGACAAUUUUUUUGUUUUCUAGGUAACCUCCACGAUAGUAAUAUAUUAGAUAGUAAUAUAUAUUUCAAGUACAAUUUGGAAAAAAUAUGCACGAGUGAGUUUUUCAAAGACGAUCAGAUCUCUGAAAAACUCACGAGUGUAUGUUUUUGUUUUUUUUCAAAUUGCACGAGAAACCAUACUAUAACUUAUUAAUAAUAUACAUGAAAAAAUUAUGCAGUCACUCCUAAAAACUCUUAUAUGUUGGGGCUUUUGUAUUAUUUCUGCUGGAAAUAGAAGAUUCCCCUUACGUUUUCGUAGCGCUUUGCAUUGUGGUUCUAGUGGUAUCACUGAUAUUCAAGAUGGCUUAUUUUUUGUUGUCCUGACCCGUGCAAGAACUUUUAAAAAAGCUAGGGUCAGGUGCACGAUAUCCAGCAGCAAAAUAUUCGCGAAAACAUUCAAUGUUUUUAUUCGAUGCCGCUAUCUUUAUCAGUGAUACCACUAUAACCACAAUGCAAAGCGCUACGAAAACGUAAUUAGGGGAAUCGUCUAUAUAGCUCUAUCUUAUUGGCUAUCUUUGUUAUUGUUUCAAAUUUUAAGCCAAUCAGAAAGCGUAAGUAGUCAAUCAAAAUUUGCACAGCAUGUAUUUCUUUUUUGCACCGUAAUUCAUUUUUUGGCACUGUAUUUCGAUCAAAACCUAGCAUACUGGCUUUUGAACAAGUUUACAUGUCAUGGUAAAGAUUGAAAAAGUUGCCUAUACAAGACAAGCAAAUAUAAUUUGUCAUAUGAAAAUUUGUCAUAUAUAGUGAGAAAACUUGCUCGUCUGUAACCGGCUUUAAUAAAAAAUUCUUAGAGUUCAGACUUUAUAUUCUCAGUCCUAGGACGUCAUAGAAAAUUUAUAUACACUCUCAGAACUUGGGUAAAAUUUUAUCUGAUCAUUUAAUCAAAACUUUACCAGACCUAUACGACUUGAUCAAUAUUUUACCCAGUUCUAACACUUAAUCAAAACAGUAUGUAUAUGAAUGUAUAUGUGGUCAUAGAAAUUGUUUAGAACGUUACCUGGUCGUAGAAUUCCUAGAACUGAAUCCCAGUUCUAAUAAUUAAAUCCUUACUCUGGGUCAGAGUGAAGGUUCAGAGUACUGACUCAGACUUCACUGACUUUUGUUGUCUAAUAUACAUUAUCCAGCUUUCCGCGAAAGACGCUGGUCGUUAAUUUACGUUUUCGAGUGUCUAAUAUACUUAUAUAGUAGUAAAUUAAAGGAAUAUCUUCAUUUGUUUUUGUAAUAUAAAAUUAAUGAAACGUGUGUUAAAUAGAUAAAUGUUAAGAGUACAUAAACGAUUUUUUGUUAGUAUGUUUGUUAAGAGUACAUAAACGAUUUUUUUGUUGAUAUAAUUUGAGAACAUUUUUGUUCAUUUUAAGUUGUGGGUAGAUCUAUAUUUGGUAUGGUAUGGUAUGGUAUGUAUGGUUAACUGGAUGGUUUAUUUUUUGUCACGUGAUGCUUUUAUAUUCUUUGUACAAAAGCACACGUAAUUUUAUCGACCCCCCAC